AUGCUUCGACGCCUGGCGGUGGACGCCACGCCCGCGCGCCGUGGCCUCGCGACGCUCGCUCCGCAAUCGUCGCUCUAUGACGCGCUGCAGCGGCGCUGGUCCAAGGAAGAGGCUACGCAGCCUUCGCCGACGUCGCUGCCAGCGCUGCCAACAAUGCCGGCGCUGCCCAAGACGGACGUGCUUGCGACCAUUUCGGCCUCGCUACGCGGCGCCGAGCCGCUGCACGCUGCGCUCACAACGGCUUUGACGAGUCACGUGGACAUGCCCAAUGCGCUCACCAAGGCGGUGCUGGACGCUGUGCCCACGACGGCGACGACGCUCGACGAUCGCCGGCGGCUUCUGCGCGUGCUCGUGUCGCUUGCGACGCAGCAGCAAUGCACCGCGCCUGGGCUCUUGGCCCAGUGCAUGCACAUGAAGGCGUACGACGAAGCGCUGCGCUUGUACACGCACGGUUGCUACGACAGCGAGAUUCCGCCCGGUAUGGCCACGGUGCUCUUUCACAUGCACGCGCUGACCGAGUUUGCGCCGGCGCUGCCCGCGACGCUCUCACUGCCCAAGACAUGGAAGCUCUUUGUGUCGUACUUUGUGUACCGAAAGAAGGCGCUCGCGCCGUCGAUUGCGCAUGUCUUGAUCAAGCAGUUUCCAUUCUGCGGGUCGCCGACACCGAGCGUGCUCUCGAUGGUGGCGCUCGAUCUUAUUGAGAGCAGCGAGAAGGACCAGUUCAAGCUCGUCCACGAUCUUGUUCGGUGCGUGCUGCGCCGUGCCGACUGGCGCCUCUCGCCCGACGUCUUUACGACGUGGCUCUACAACGAAGGCCACCGCCGCCACCACGCACGGCUCCUUCCGCUCCUCCUCGAUGCACUCGCACACGACAAGCUCACGCACACGCCGCCCAACGUCAUCAUCACGGGCGUGCGCAGUAGCCUUCUUCUCUGCGACUGGGCGCUCGUUGCACGCUUCCAGCAUCUACUGACACCGACAAGCGCCAAGGUGGUCUUUCUCUUGUCGGCGGGCGAGUCACUUGUGACGCCGGCCGUCGCCGCCUUCUGCCUCCGCCCGCCGCAUGCAAUCUCGGCCGACGGCAUCGCCGAGUGGGCGCUCGCGCUGCCCACGCCGUCGUUGCGGGCGCAGUUUGCAGAGCUCUUUGGCCCCAAGCUCAUGGUCCUUGUUGGCGCCGACGAAGCUUCGGCGCUGGCACUGCUCCACUUGGCGGCCGCCACCGAGGCGAGUACGUUUGGUGACAUGCUCGACAUCUACUUGGAGGCGUGUCAGCGCGCAGGCACCUCGACGACGGGGGCGCUCACGCUCGCGGCGACACACAAACGGCUCUUCAAGGACGUCCCGCCGCAGCUCUUGGUAGCGUCGCUGGCCGCCGGCGACUUUGAGCUCGCGACCGACCUGUUUGAGCACGCCGAGUCCAAGCACAUGGACAACCCGCGCCACGCGCAUGCGUUGGAAGCGCUGCUGCGAGCGUCGUCGUCGUCGCAGCGGGACGCGAUCCAUGCGUACUUUCUGGCCCACGACACGAGCAAGGCGAUGGCGGUGUUUGAGAUCUUUGAAGCGUCCGAUUUGGUCGUGCCGGCGUCGCUGCUUCGGCACUUUGCGCUCGACGUGACGCGCGCGCAUGAUAUGGUGAGCUUGAACCGUCUACUCGAGUACGGCGUGUUGCACGAAGUGGCCUUGCCCGCCGAUGUGUUUACGGUGUGCUUUGUGACCCACCGCAAGGAGCUCCAGGACCCGACGGGUUUUGUGACCGCGUUCCUCCAGUGGGUUGCCCUCGGCCUUGUGGAAGACAAUGCGAUCGUCUACCACGCGGCGAUCCAUGCGUGUUUGGACUGCAACAACAUUGACUUGGCGUGGACGUGCGUGGAAGAAGCCGAUGCGCAUGGCAUCGUGCUCGAAAAGGUCAUCCUCGACCGGCUCGUGUGGGCCACCGACAAUUCGUAGUAGACGAGGCGGGACAUAUUGAUAGAAACCAUAGAAUAUAUCGAGCUGUGUUUGAUACUGUCAA